AUGCCUUCGUUCAUAGCUUCAUUUUUGUCUUCGUCUUUAAAUUUGCCAUCAGUAACUUCUAAAACUUCUUCCUCCCCAACUCCUUCAUUGACAGCUCCUUCAUCCAUAUCUUCUUCUUCAUCAAUUAUUGGACUGGCUUCUGGGAUAUCAAUUGCACUACUAAUUAUAAUAAUUGUUGUUAUAGUAAUUGUAGUGGUAGCAGCAACAGUUCGAUUUAAAAAGAGCAGAGGAAGAAUGGAAGUGAUUAAUGACAUUACAUUAUUGAAGAGGAAUGAAAAUAAUAAUCAAAGUUUACAAGAGCAAGAACUAUCAUCAGUUAAUCCACAGUAUGAGAAUGUACAUCUACCAGUUCCACAAUCAGAACUAUCAAUGAAAGAAUGUGCUGCUUAUGGUGUAGUGGAAGGAACUAGAUUCAUACAGUAUGAGACUGUAGAUCUACCAGCUCCACAGUCAGAGGGAGACUAUGAACUACCAGUAAAAGAAUGUGCUGCUUAUGGUGUAGUAGAGAGUGCUGGAUUCCCACAGUAUGAGACUGUAACAUUAACAGUUCCUCAGUCGGAACUAUCAAUGGAAGAGUGUGCUGCUUAUGGUGUAGUAGAGGGUAAUAGACUUUAGAAUUAGGGCGUGUGCUGGACUGGAUUUGGUAAAUUUUAACAAUUAAAAAUUU